CCGUGUACGCUCUGAGCGGGGCGGGAGGCAGGGCGUCCCUGCGUGGGAGUGUGGCGGGGGUUUCUAGACCUUGCACCAGCAUCGCAGCCCCUUCCAUCAGGGGCUCGGCUAAGGGUCGCCCCUGGUGGGCGGCUGUCGAAUCUGGAAGAAGAGCACGAGAACCCAGACCGCCCGGGGCUGCGGAGGUGUGCUGGGCAAGAAGGAAGAUGGCGGCAGCGUCGGUGUCUGCGACUUCAGGUUCUCAGUUCUUGGUAAGAAGCGGUUGACAUUCGAAUAGGCCCAGAACAACUUAGCCGAACCGUCAAGGUCUAAUGGAAGUAUGGUUCGCCAUUCCUCAUCUCCAUAUGUAGUAUAUCCACCUGAUAAGCCUUUCCUUAAUAGUGAUCUACGACGCUCCCCGAGUAAGCCUACAGUUGCCUAUCCUGAAAGCAACAGCAGAGCCAUAUUUUCUGCUCUGAAGAAUCUUCAGGAUAAGAUUCGACGCUUAGAACUUGAAAGGAUUCAGGCAGAAGAAAGUGUGAAAACCUUGUCUAAAGAAACAACUGAAUAUAAGAAAGUAUUGGAUGAACAGAUACAAGAAAGGGAGAAUUCAAAAAAUGAGGAAUCAAAGCACAAUCAAGAACUGACAUCUCAGUUGUUAGCUGCAGAAAAUAAAUGUAAUCUUUUAGAAAAACAAUUGGAAUACAUGCGUAGUAUGAUAAGGCAUGCAGAAAAGGAAAGGACAUCUGUCUUGGAGAAACAGGUUUCCCUAGAAAGAGAACGACAACAUAAUCAGACACAUGUUCAGAGCCAGCUUGAAAAAUUGGACCUUCUUGAGCAGGAAUAUAAUAAACUUACUGCAAUGCAGGCCCUUGCAGAAAAAAAAAUGCAAGAGUUGGAAGCAAAACUUCAUGAAGAAGAACAGGAAAGGAAACAUAUGCAAGCUAAGGCAGCUGAGUUGCAGAUUGGUCUAGAAACAAAUAGACUUAUCUUUGAAGAUAAGGCAACUCCUUGUGUUCCUAGUGCAAGAAGAAUUAAAAAAAAGAAGUCAAAACCACCAGAAAAGAAAGGUCCUAGGAACUAUUUUGCUGCACAACCACAUUAUAGAUUAUGCUUGGGUGAUAUGCCAUUUGUAGCUGGAAAGUCCACCAGCCCCAGCCAUGCAGUGGUAGCCAACGUGCAGCAUGUCUUGCACCUAAUGAAGCAGCACAGUAAAGCCUUGUGCAAUGAUCGAGUCGUCAGCAGCAUUCCUUUGACGAAGCAAGUACCUUCACGAAGUGGCAGGACUAAGAAGUUGUCAGCAACACCUCCCUCCUCGAGCAGCAUUAAUGAAGAGUUGUCGGAAGUCUUACAGACAUUACAAGAUGAAUUUGGGCAAAUGAGUUUUGAUCAUCAGCAACUUGCAAAACUUAUACAAGAAUCACCAACUGUUGAACUGAAAGACAAUUUAGAGUGCGAACUGGAGGCAUUAGUGGAAAGGAUGGAGGCAAAAGCCAAUCAAAUAACGAAAGUUCGAAAAUAUCAAGCCCAGCUGGAAAAACAGAAGACAGAGAAGCAGAAGAGGGAAUUAAGAACCACCAAAAAGACUCUCGAUGAAGAAGGAAACAGCAGCAGCCGUUCUUCUGGAAUCACAGGGACCACAAACAAAAAGGACUUGGCCAAACCCAGACCUGGAGAAAAAAGCAGGAAAAAUCUUCAGUUAUUGAAAGACAUGCAAACCAUACAGAGUUCAUUACAAAGUAAUAGUUUGUGUUGGGAUUACUGACUGGUACCAGGUCAUAAAUUUUAUUCCGAUAAUUUGUACCUCAUCAAUCAGAUGUUGACAAUUUACUUGCCAGGUCUCAUACUCUUAUGUUGGAAUUACCAGGCUUUAAGGGGCCCAGGCUUCAUUACACAGGCUUCGUGUGUUACCCAUCACGACUACGUGUUAAACCAUCUAAAUGGAAAUCAGGGGAGUUUGAAAAGCUAAGAAGCCACACAUACUGUUUGUUUGAGAUGAAUUUGCUGUACUGAAAUAUUGUGCUUUGUAAACAAAUUACCAAUUUUUUCCUUGUGGGCGUGAUUUUUUAAAAUAGUUCUUUAAGUAAAAUUAAAAUUAGGUUUAAAUUAUCCAAAUAUGAGGCUGUCCGUAGGCAGUGUUUGCUUGAAACGUCUCAUUUUUGAAUCUUCUCUGGCAUGAAUUGCCCAUUUCUCCUUGACAGUACAACCAUUAAAUAGACUUUAUUUUUAACUUGAUGGAGGUUUUCUAUAUUUAAAUAUUUAUACAUAUUUAAGAGGAUUGUUUUGUUUUGCUUUUUGACAUUUCAAACAUCACUCAGUAUUAAAUACACUUCUGUUGAUUUUUAAUCCACUGUUAAAGUUUUUUUUUUUUAAAGACCCAGGCAUUCAUUUUUAGUCAAUUAACUGUAAAGAUUAUAAAAGCAUUUUUUAAAGUGUAAACAAAUUGUUAAUGAAGUAAAUGAGCUUUUGGAAUGAAGAGAGAAAGGGUGGUAUGGUGAAGCAUAUACAUUUAUUUUUAAAUAGUACGUGUUUGUAAUCAUGCUGUUGAGUUCAAUGCAUUAUGGGUUUUAAUCUUAAAUCUAAGAAGACCCCUUGGAUAUUUACUUUUGGUGUACAGUAUGUGUGCAGUAUUAACUGUACACGUGCAAUGGUCAUUAUGUUAAUGUAAAUCGUAAUUUUGAAUAGAUCGACAUGUUACCUUUUUAUAAAUUUGCCAAAAUCAAUAAAGCAGCUUUUUAAAGGAAACAUUGCAAUUUUCCAUAACAGCCUGUUAAUAAAGGCUUUAUUUGUUGUAAUCUCUGCAAAAAAUGCAUUUCUAAACAGAACAUAAGCAUAUUAUGAGAAACAAUAAGAAUAUCUGGUAUUUCAUAAUUUACUUGCUUUUCUCAUGCUUACAUAGAAACUAAACCCUAUAAGAUCGAAUUAUCUCCUGGUGUGUGAUAAGAUACUCUAAUAAAAGAGUACUGAAAAA